AUGGACAGCAAGAUGUUUUCUGGUCAGGCUGUUGUGAAUUGCAGCUUCAACCUGAGCGAUGACCGGGAGCUGGUGGACGCUGCGGCGGGCAAUGCGAAGCUCUCUCCGACGGGCUUCGUGGUGCUCUCCGUGAUACUGGGCUUCAUCAUGACAUUUGGCUUCCUCAACAACCUCAUCGUGCUGCUUUUGUUUUGCAAAUUCAAGAAGCUGCGAACCCCGGUGAACAUGCUGCUGCUGAACAUCAGCGUCAGUGACAUGCUGGUGUGUCUGUUCGGCACCACUCUCAGCUUCGCCUCCAGCAUCCGAGGGAAGUGGCUGCUGGGCCGCAGCGGCUGCAGCUGGUACGGCUUCGUCAACUCCUGCUUUGGUAUUGUGUCGCUGAUCUCUCUGGUGAUCCUCUCCUACGACCGCUACAGCACUCUGGCUGUAUACAACAAACGUGGGGCAGACUAUCGCAAGCCCCUGCUAUUCAUUGGGUGCUCCUGGCUUUACUCCUUGUUCUGGACGGUGCCCCCUCUGCUGGGCUGGAGCAGCUAUGGCAUAGAGGGGGCAGGAACCAGCUGCUCUGUGUCCUGGACGGUUCAGACGGCCCAGUCUCACGCUUACAUCAUAUGCCUCUUUACUUUCUGCCUGGGUCUGCCCAUCCUGGUGAUGUUCUACUGCUAUAGCAGGCUGUUAUGGGCAGUCAAACAGGUGGCUAAGAACCGAAAAUCCGCAUCCCGGAGGAGAGAGUACCACAUACUGUUUAUGGUUCUGACCACAGCGGCCUGCUACACGUUGUGCUGGAUGCCUUACGGCGUCGUGGCCAUGAUGGCAACAUUCGGCCCUCCCAACAUCAUUAGUCCCAUGGCCAGCGUGGUGCCCUCACUACUGGCCAAGAGCAGCACCGUCAUCAACCCUCUCAUCUACAUCCUCAUGAAUAAACAGUUCUACAGGUGUUUCCUGAUUCUGUUCCACUGCGAUCACUGGUCAGCGCAGAACGGCAACACCUCCAUGCCUUCCAAGACAACGGUGAUCCAUCUGAACCGCAGAGUCUACAGUAACACGGUGGCCUGCACCGCCCAGGUCUCCACUGACGCUCUCAACCAGUGCGGCAGCAACUCGGCCACCAGGCACACAAGCCCUCCGCCCAAGGUCACAACCUGA